AUGGAGGAGGGCGACGCGGCCGUGGCGGUGCGCGUGCUGAAGGAGCGGCUGACGUGGCAGCCAAGCGCCGUGGCGAGCUGCGCGGAGCGCGGAGAGGGAGCGGAGUGCGCGGAGGCCAGAGAGGGCGCGGAGUGCGCGGAGAACGGGGGAAGCGCGGAGAGCGACAGCAGCAGGCGCAUCAAAGCGGUUCCGUUGACGGCGGAGAACGAGAGUAGUCGCGAGCGGCUGCACGGCAUGCUGCGCGACGUGGCGUGCGACGGGCUGUGCCUCUCGCUGCUGCUGCUGGGACCGCGAGGAACAGGCAAGACGCUGGACGCGGAUCAGCUGCUGGAGAAGCGGGUGCGAUCGCGCUUCUCCAACCGCAAGAUCGUCUUCCUGCCGCCGCAGCCUCAGGACCUUGUCAGGUUACUUCUCUCGACCCUCACCCUCCCGGUGCAGCGGCCACCACCCCUUGCCUCUGCUCUUCCCAACACCACCAAUGCAUCUGCCGCGCUGCUCCAAGCCUCCCCCACUCUUCCCAACGCCACCGAUUCCUGGGCUGCAUUUGCGACUGCGUUCAACGAAAAAGUUGAAUUAACUUUCCAGCAUCCCUCAGUGCUGGCUAUUUUGCUGCAGUCAACCGCCGUCAACCGCACUGCACCUCACAUCUUCAAACUCGGGUUCCGGGCAGUGUGUGAAAUGGUGAGGAGAGGGGGCCAGACCCUUUCGGUGUCCGAUUUUGAGAGGGCGUAUGCUGCAACCACACUGCCCAUUCGGCAGCAGAUGCUCUCAGGUUGGUUGUUUGGACGUCUCAAGAGGCAAAAAAACCAGAACAUAGAAGAGGCUAUCAACAAGAAUCCACGUGUUCCUCUUGAACUGAGGAACUGGCUACAAGGAGGAUUGCAUGAAGGAGCUCCUUCCAUCCGUCACACGCCAUCACACGCCAGUCCCGUUCGCUCCACCCCUUGGUGUCUCGCCGAUGACCUGCCAUGGAGGGAUACGCUGAAGGGCUUCGAUUCUUUCUUGAAGGCCCUGGAAUCGUCAGGCGCAUCGAAGCUGAUCGACGCGUACGUCACGUCCCCCUUCGGCGCGCGCACGGGGGUCACUUUUCUCGCGCCGACCGACGACGCGUUCGCGGCGAUGCCGCCGCAAGACGCGGAGAUGCUGCGCACGAUGCCGUGGGCCAUGGCGAGCCAGCUGCUGUUCCACGUCGUGAAGAAGAGGCUGACGCAUGUCCAGCUGCGCUCCGCCCGUCCCGAAACUAAGUACGGCACGCUUUCCAACGUCGCCCUCGUCAAGGUGUACGCGCCCAUUCUCGAGUUUGGCCCCGCAGGCUCGCCAUAUGGACCGCAGGGUCACCCCCUUCGCUUUCCUCAGACUCGUCAUCGCCCUCAGCCUCCUCGCUGGGCGCCUCUUCCCCGCCUUCCGUGUCUUCACGCAUCAGCCUAUCUGCAGCUAUCGCGUAUCUGCUCGCGCCGGUGCGUCGCCGAGUCGAGCCUCUUGUUCCUCCGCUUCUUCGGCCUCUCCCGUUCCCACGGCGGCCGCGGCGGUUGUUGCCGCGUCCCACGCGUAUUCCCCGCGUUCCUCUUCCGCCCGCAGCUCCCGCGUGCCCUGUCUGGCGCGCCCCAUCCGCCGUGUCUUCUGUUGGUCGGCGCGCUGGCGUCGGCGGCCGUGCGAUCAGGGGUGAUGGACCCAUCCGCGCGACGGGAUCCAGAGCUGGAGGGUUCCGCGGAGAGCGCGCUGCCGGAGCCUGCACCCUGGCCUCGUCAGCGUCUUCUCGCGCACCCCUCCGCAAGCGAGCCUGUCCCCCGCUUCGAGCGGGUGGUGACUCUUCCCCAUCGGCCUGCUGUGCGUCCCACCUCGCCAGAGUAUUCGUGGGCCCCUGCACGUGUUGCGUCGAACCGCCCAGACGGACAGCCGCGGCAGGAGCGCGGGCGCUCGCCUCCGCGCCAGGCUCCUCGGCAGCCCUCUCCUCGCCGGCCUUCUCCUGAGCAACGCGACCCUCGUCAGCACAGGGAGGGCGGUCAGCGGUCCCCUGCGCGUCCUCGUUCUCCACGCCGUCCAUCUCCUCGGGCUGGCCCGCGCUCACCCCGAGCGCGAUCCCCCGCGCAACGCUCUCCGCGGCGAUCACCGGCGACGCGGGGUAGGGGGUCGCCUGGGCGUCGGUGGGACAUGGGUCGUCGCGAGCAAUCCCCUCCGCGUCCGCAUUCGGCUAGAUCUGGAGGCCGGCGGGGCCGGCGGAACGGUGGUGGGCGUGGCGGAAACACUCGCGGGCAGGAUCCCGCCCUGGAUCGUGCCACGAGUGCGUUCGCGGAGGUCGUGCGCCAGGCGCGGGCGAGUGGCGAGCCGACUCAUGUACACAUCGAGGUGACCAACGGUCCUCCCCUCGCCGCGGGCCCUAGCCAGAUGGCCCCUCUGCGCGCGCCGACGUUGCGCGAGUAUCUGCCCGCGCGGGAGGGGCGGCCUCAGUUCCGCACCCCUCGUCAGGUUCCGGGCUACGCUGCACAGCGCCUCUCUGGUGGCCGGAUUCCUGGCUGGCAGACGGAGUUCCCACGUGAAGCGCCGACUGCACUUCUCCCCAGUCACAUGGGGAGAGAUUCCAUGCUGACCAUGUGCAGGAUUCUGAAUGUGGCGGAGGCGUGCGAGGUGGUGGCGAACUUGCAGCUGGCGGUGUGUGGGGCCACGCGGAGCUUUCCGAGCAGUUACGGUCCAGGAUCCCGAGGAUCCUGCGUGUCUUUGGCAGAAUCGCUCGAGUCGCCGUUGGCACCCGUGUCGGAAGCGCCCGCCGGGGUAGCGCCCUUAGCGCGUACCUUCCCCCGCCACGUGGGGGAUCUUGUAGAGGCUGCUCGGGUUGGUACCCCCCGUGGGCACGCUUCAGUCGUCGGCGCAUCUCCUUCUUGCAAUGUCGGCGUGCAUGCGCUCGAUGCUGGAGAUGGAGGGGGCGGAGCCGUAUACGCAGUAGCGCGUCGCCGAGUGUAG